UCUGGAAGGCUACUAGCUGGGUUCUGCUUGAGAGGGAGAUGAGCGGGCUGGAUGUAGCGCCCACAGAGCAUCCGGUCUGGGGGGACUUGGGGCCAGGUUCUCGGUCACAGUCCCCUGCAUCCCAUCACUACUUUGAUGAACUGAGAAGACCUGCCCAGUGAGCCGUCCUCAACCAGCAAGAAGCAGGGACAAAAGCUCCGAAGGGAUUGUUCUCGCUCCUCUCCCGCCACCCCCUCCCCUGCAUCCUUGUCCUUGACCCACGGGAUGCAGCGGAAGGGAGGGGCUGGGAAGGGCAGGUCAGAAGGCUCCUUGGCGGCUCACUAUGGCCCUGAGCUGCCGUGCCAGAGAUCUGACCACCCGGCACUGCCGUGCUGGGGUCCCGCCACAGUGCCAGUGGGCCCAGCCUCCCCGCAGUCCUUGCUGAGGCGCCCACCAAGGGAGAGACCCUGACUCGGACCUUCCGCGCCAGCCCGAGACCGUGGCGCUGUGGUUGUUGACACCACGGGGCGCUGAAGAGUUGCCGGGCGGUUCUGCCCGUGCUCCUGGCCCCAGAGAGCGGGAAACACAGUGGUGAGGGUGGCACGAGGGCUGAGUUUGGGGGGUUGUCGCAUUGGCAGCGGAGAGCUCCACCUGCCACCACCUCCCUCCCUCCCUGCGGGCAGGGGACCCUCGGAGGCCAUGGGGCUGACUCCUCUGCCCCUCGCCCUGGAACCAACGCCACGGGGCGGGGCUGCUGCAGCCACAGCUCCACCAGAAAGAGUGCUGCAUUGCUUGCGGCCCAGAGGACUCACCCUGCCCCAGGUGCCGCUGUGUCCACCCCAGUCCCCUGGCCGGAAGGGGCCCCCUGGGGGCUGUGCUCGUCAUUCUCCAUGGCCCGAGGUCGGGUGUGCCUGGGCCGUGGAGAACUGGCCGGGGGCUCAGCUCUGGGGCUCUGAGCAGGGGAUGAGGCAGGCUUGGAGGCAGGCCCCUGGGUGUCUGGUGCCCAGACGGAAGGGGCGCUGAGUCUGGGGCCGAGUCCUCUCACCGUGGAUCCCGGGUGGAUCCUCCGCGGGAAGGAGCAGACUGGGAAGGGAUGGUUCUGGGCAGCUGGUCUCGGGGGGUUCUUGCCUCGCUCCCUGGCACCUCUCCCUCCAACUGGCCCUCCUCAGCUCACGUGACGGGGUCGGCCUUGCUUCACUCACUCCGGUGGUGCCUUCCCGCUGCCCAGGCACUAAGGAUGAGCUGGCGGCCACAAAGAAAGGCUUGGUUGGACUCAAGGGCCCCCAGGCCACACCUUGGAUUCGGGACAGGCGUGCAGCCCCAGCCCUGCCUCAAGCCCCCGGGCUCCGAGGCUGUUCCCGGCGUGGAGGUGCCGGGAGAGCUGGAGCGGGGACGGGUGCAGAGCGUGCGCUGACCACGGGGUCGAGGGUUCCCACGGGUGUUUCUAGCUGCAGGCGCUCCGGCCAGCUCCCCGCGCUGGCGGCACCGUGUGCAGUGAGCCACGGUGUUCUUGGACGCGGUGCCGAAACCUGACCCACUCAAGGCCUGAUGGACAGCACUUGGCAUGCGCUUCCUAUGAGUCAUUUUCCACCCGCCAUCUGUCAAAAAUGCACGUUUGUUUAUUUCUGAGCCAUCCUCCCAGGGCUUCACUGAUGACAACCCAACACCCAGGAAGGGGCGGCAAGAACCCCCGUCCCGCUGUGCCUGUUCUCCAGGCGAGGAGAACCUCCUCCCGAAGGAAACUCAGGAGACCCAAAGGCCCGGAGACCCUCCGCCCUCGGCCUGGAAUGAAGAGGGGCUGUCCCCACACCCUGCAUGCCACGGUGUCAGCACACGGCGGUGGCUACAGAGGAAGCAUGAGCGCUGCUGCUGCUGCUGCUGCCGUGGUGGCGCUGGCGGGGAAGGCGGUGGCGGUGAUGACGGUGCUGGUGGUGAUGGCGGUGGGGACGGAGGUGGGGACGCAGCUGCCCAGGGUUUAGGGGCACCCGCUCCAUGCCAGGUGUCUUUCCCACCUGCUCCCCUGCUCUCUUUUUGUGGAUGAGGCUCAGACGCGUGAAAACUUGAGCAAGGGGACGGGACAGCACACGGGGGGCGUGAGAGUGUGGCCACUCUGGCUCCCUCUCGGCGGCAACUUCUGCACAGGCGGUUUCAGGAGCGGAUGUCAGGCGAGGGCCAGGAGGAAGGGGUGGCACUCUCGGGGCCACGAGCCACUCUUCUGGCACCUCCGGAGGCAGCGAGCCAGAUGGGCGCCGGGGGCCCUGCAAGUGGAGGCCUGGGGGACUGAAGAAAUGCAGGCGAGACCAGGAGACGAGAUUUUGGCUUUUGCUCUCUGUCCCGACACAGGAAUGUUGGUGACAUGCAGGCUAGUGCAGGGGGGCGACGCAGGCCUCUUGGCUCUGGGGGUGGCCUCACUGGCCCAGCUCUGGGAAGGCUUGGCAGUAGCGGGGAGCACAGCCUCAGACACUCAAGUGGGGGCACCUACCCCGAGGUUUGUGGCCGCUGAGCUGCCGCUGGUUCCAGGAGUUACCCCUUACUCUUCUCCGCAGCACCCACAGCGGCCUGCUGACUGGACCGCACAGUCUGGCUGGAGGCAGCGGAGGCCCUACUGGCUGCCCUCUUGGUGAUGCUGCUGGCAGGCUCCCAGGUGGGGAGAGCGCUGGGGGCGCGGAGGGUCCAGCAGGGUCUCUGCUCUCAAGUGGCCCCUGCCACCACCCAGCCCAGGGUUGGGGCUGACGGUCAGCACUGUCCCCACCUGGCAGCUGCGACUGUGUUUCUGGGGCCACUGGCCGGCACCCCAGGGGGGCGGCUGUGUGGGGUGCACGGCAGGGCAGCUGCAGGGACCCCCACCCUGCCCCCACCCGGCCUGAGGAAACCGCUGCCAGGACCCAGCUCUGGGGGCAAGAGGCUGGACGCACAGAGCCUCCGUCCGGCGUGCAGUCCUGGGCUGGGUGCAGGGGCAGGGUGCAGCCUGCGUGGAGGAGAGAAAAGACGGGGAAACGAAGCCCACGAGUGUUCUGUGGGGAAGGAGGCGAACGCUUGCCCCAUCACCUCCGGGGCUGAGACCCCUUUGCCGCCCCAAGGAAGCCUGCCAGCAACGGGCCAGGCCCUGGUCACGGGGCAAAUCCCAGCGCCCUCUGUGCGGGCUCCGAGGCUUCAGAGACCUGGGCCUGGCGGUCCUUCCAGGGCAUCGGCAGGUGAGGGGCAGAGGCACAGACCCGCCUUGGCCUCGGCUUCUGAGCCGUGUUGCCCCCUCGGACCCUCUGCUGGCGCCCCCGCCCCGCUCCGGCUCUGAGGGCAGCCGUCUGCCCAGGACAGAGGAAGGCUGAUCCGGUUGGAAAUGCCUGCAUUCUUUGCAUUCCCCCUUCCAGCAGAAUUCUCAGUUCUUUUGCCAAAACAGAGUUGAAGGGAGGGCACGGUCUCCAUCGUCUCCUGGCCUGGUACCCUCGGUGCCCACUGCCUCGGCUCACCCGCGUGGAGAGAUGGGCGUGAGUGUGUGUGUGUGUGUGUGUGCGCGCGCGCGCGCAGUGCCCGUCUGCUCCCGCCGGGACAGAAACCAGAGCUGGGGCAGGGCUUUCUGCCUGGGCUUCCACACUUCUGUAAUUUAAAGACCAUCAAAGCGAUAACUUAAGUGCGAGGAAGAGCCCCACGUACACAACUGGAUGUGUCUCUCCCACCAAACAGAACCCCUGUCAACAGCUCAGGGCUUAUUAUUAGGGCUUCGGUUUCUCCAACUUUCCAAACCUCAAACGCAAGUCAACCGCAGAAGGGAUCCGCGCUUACAGGACGGCUCAGGAAGGAACGGGCCGGCAGGGACCUGGGGACUGUGCCCGGUGGCCCUCGGCCUCCUCCGCCUGCCAGCGCCGGGGCCCCGGGGCAAGGCCUGUGGGGAAAACCGCCCCAGAGCCGCAGCGACGGAGGCGUCGUGUGGUUUGGACUUUGACACUGGGGGGCUGUUUGUUUGGAUGGAGACGGAGUUCACACACACACAUCUCGAAGCGCGCGGCGUGGUGGCUCUCGGCACAUCCCCAGCGUGGGGCAGCCCUCACCGCGCUCGGACUCCAGAUCGCCUUCACCCCGGAGAAACCCCGUGGGCCUCCGCCUCCUCCCCCAGCCCUGGGCAGCCGCCGAUCUGCCUUCUGUCUCUGGAUUUGCUGUUCUGGACGCUUCCCGUCCAGGGAGUCAUGCGAGAUGUGGCCUUGGGUGUCUGGCUUCUGUCACCGAGCCGGAGGUUUCCGAGGCUCAUCCACACGGCAGGGCACUCGCUCCCGCGGACGGCUGCACAGUGCUCCACGCGGGCUGGGGGCCCCACUGGGGUGCUGUGCGCGGGGGACCUCUGGCCGGGCUCUCACGUUCUCUUGGACUUGGGUGUGCUCCUCUUUGCACCCCGUGAAACUUUAAGCCCGAACGUUGUCCAACAGUUUUUUCCUGGACUCCCCGGGACGGCUGCUGAGAGACCAGUGUCUUCAGUGAAACCCCAGGGACCCACCUUUCUGGCUCCUCUGGGACCAAGGGCUCCCAGGGCUCAGCGGGGACCCCUCCUGGGGUGUGGGGCCCGGAGCUGCUGGGACAGAAGCCCCGGGGCCCCUUGCUCCAGCUCCGCCGGCCGAGGCUCCCCAAGGAGGCUUCCACGAGCCGUGACAAGGGAUUAGCGGAAGGAACUAAAUGACAUCACGUUCAUCCCCUUAUCAGCCAGCUGCUUCCACGCCGGGACGAGGCGCGCCCAGGCCUCUCCCUCUGGCGGCGUUUCUGUGCGUUCCCAAGUGAUGAGGAAGCAGAGCCCAGGGGAAAGUCCAGCCCUGGAGCCCGUCCACCAGCCUGCCUGCAGCCCGCCACCCCGGGGAGCCGACAGUGGGGCCCCGCUGCCCCCCAGCUCCUGAGUCUUCAGCAGCUCCCACGCCGGACAGCGACGAUUAACGCGCAGACCCCUGGGGGCCAGGCUUGCUGGUCAGUGGGUCAAGGGCCAGGCCCGGGAACUUGCAUUUUAGUUAAAAGUCACAGGAGUCUGGGGUCGAGUGGUCUCAGAGCUGCCUUUCACAUCUCCCGCCACAUGGAGGGAGAAGAGGGAUGGCUGUGGCGCUGCCGCUAAGGCCUUGAAGGUCGCCAGACGGCCCUCCCUUUCUCCGCCUCGGCCUCGGCUCCAGCUCUGCCCCUGCUGCCUCGGCCAAACAGCACUUCUGCCCGUUGCCAUGUCCACGCCGUUCUCUCUUUCUGGAACCUGGCUCCUUGCACGUGUCUGCGUCCCAGCUAAAAUGCAGGAGUGCCGGCUCCCGCUGGAAGCCCACCACCCCCGCUUCCCCUCCCCCCCACCCUGUUCCCCAAGCUUAUCUCCGACCCGCGCUCCUUCCUGCACGUGGGGCCUGCCUUGAGCCGGUUGCCGUGGUAACGGCAGCGUCCCGCGGAGUGAGGUGCCACCGGUGCCCUGCUCUCUGAACCAUCUCCCUGCCAGGGCGCGUGCCCAGGUCCACUCUCUGCCACACCUGGGGGCCCUCCCCCGACUUCAUCCCAACUUUUGAGGAGUGGAGAGGAGCUGUGAUGGCAGGGGCUGAGGCAGGUAUCUUGGGCCGUGAGGGAAAGAUUGAAGAAAUGACAGCAUCAGGGAGGAGGCCUGGGCCUCCAGCGCCUCGGAUGCCGUCCGCCCUCGGCUGCCGCUACGCGCUACGCAGCCUCCUCAGCAGAACACGCAGCCUCUGCGCGCGUCGGGGCCGUGGCAACGUUGCUUUCCGCAGCCAGGCCUGCACACCAACGCCCGUGCCUGGCCUUCGUAGGAGGACAUCUUUGGAGCAGCUGUGAGGAAGGCCUGGCGAUCUGUCCAUUUCACAGCCAAGGAAGUGGAGGCCUGGCCCAGGUCAAAUGCGCCACGGCAGGUGGGGACGUUGUUUUUUGAAAAACACUUGACAUGACCUUUGAGGUCAGUGCACAGGCAGAAAGGGGCCUCCACCGGGGACUGGCUCCUGCCAGGCCAGAAGCAGGUGUCUGGCCUGGCCACCCGCCCCCAGCGCCGCCCCCACUGGGACCUCCCUCCCUUGUCUCAGCUUCAGGAGCCGGAAUCAUGCCGUGGGGGCAGGGCCCCACUGAUCCUGGGAGAUGGGCCCUGUGUGCCCACGGGGCCCCCACAGCGCCUCCUGUUCCGCUGCACGUGGGCUGGCGGCUUGGGGCCAUGACGGAUUGUCCCAGGAGGCUGUCCAAUGUCCUUCUGAUGUGGCCAUCCUACCGCUGUGGGCACAUGCACCAGCUGUUCCCAGGUCCCCGCGGCGCGAGAGCCCCGUUGCUCUUCGGGAGUGAGCAGGAAGUGGGAGGGGGCACGGGGCGGGGCGGGCAGGAGGCCCCGAGUCACCGAGGCCGAAUCUCGUUCCGCCCAGCGGACCCCAGAGCCCGGUGUCAGGACACCCCCUCGCACGUGGCGUCCUGUUUGGAUGACAGUUCAGCGUGUGGCCCCAGCUACCCUGCGAAUGUCUGUCUGGGUGUGCAGCUCCCACGGAGGCGCGGCCCUGCCUCACUGCUCACACGUUUCUCUAGCAACGGAGACCCACGGCUGCCCUCACGUCCCAGGGGAGGGACCUCAGACAGCUGGAGGGUGGGGGGCGAGAGUCUGGGGGAGCCUGCCCUGGUGGUGCCCAGCGCAGCCCCUGGGGCUCCCCGCCCAGCCCAUCUCCCUCCUGGGGGUGGACUCCCCUCCGCUCAGCUGAGCUCGGGCCACCCCUGGGGCUGCGGGGUCAGACCACCCCCACAGCAGCCAGGACCACCCUGCUCCCCACGAGCUGAGCCAGGAGCCUCGAACAUCCCCUCGGCGCUGCGUGAAGGAGACCACAGCCUCCUGGGGUCUGGGCCCUCGUGCUGUCCCCACGAUGCAGUGACACCAAAGGGCCGUCCUUGGGGCUCAGACCAGAAGCACCCCGGCCUGGCCUCGGCUGGGGGCCGGGAAGGUGCCCCCCCACCCCCAGGCGAUGAGAGAGGAGAUGCAGGGCUCAUUCUCCCUCCACGAGUGUCCUCUCGCCUCCUGCACCUGCAGCUCUUCAAAACCAGAGUCCAGUGCCCUGAGCAGGUGCUCAGCCUUCUGGGGACGCAGACCGGGCCUGGAGGAGGGAGGCGGCCGCAGAAACCUGAGGCUGUGGGUGUGCCCCUGCGUUCGCUCACUCUCACCUGCUCCUUCCUGCCUUCGCCCCCAUCAUCCAGGUGUCGGCCCAGCCGAGCCCGGCCACAUCAGCUGGGCGUGGGCACCCUUGGGACAGGGAGGGGGCAUGAGGGGCCCGAGGCGUCCACACUGGGCUUCACGGGCCGCUGGGGGCUCAGGCAGCACCAGAGCCCGGCUCUGCCUGCUGCGGCCCUCCAUGUGGCACCGGCCGUGACGCCUGGCGGAACGUCCUGGCAGAACCCCAGAGUCUCUGGUUCCUAGAGGCCAGGCCUGCGUCCCCGUCCUCGAAUGUGGGGACCGGGGAGCGUGACGGGGGGUGGGUGGGCGCUUCCCAAGGUGGAGUUGGUGGUGGGGAUCCAGGCCUGCACUGGCCACCACGCUGCCUGCAGCCACGGGGCGCGGGACGCGGCCGGUGCGACCGAGGCCCUCAAGCUCCUGUUUCUGUCGUGCUCUAGGGCAUCUGAGUCCAGGGAGCCCUGGCGGGCAGCGCUGAUGGGGAGGCCGCGUGCAGAGACCCAAAGGCCAAAACCCUUCCUCAUGAACACAAAGUGGCUUCGGGGGAGCUACCGAUCAUCAGAAACUCAGUCUGCAUCUGAGAAACAGGGGCUGUCACUGGCCUGACCUGCGCCCAGGGUCCUGGACAGACCGAGGGAGCAGGGACUGUGGGGAGGCCAGGCAGCACCGCCUGAGCCUGGAAGGGGCUGUUCUCUGGGCUCUACAGUUUAGAAGGACUCAGGGGACCUGACACUUUACAGUUUACAAGGACUCAGGGCCCAUCUCUGCUGAGCCCCACCAAGAGCCUGGGAAGGCUGCGUGGUGCCUGCUUGCAGUGUGGUUGCCUAGGAAAGUCAGCUCCGAGCCACCACUGUCCCCGCGGCGCACAGGAGGGACACCAGGCUCCCGCUCAGCCAGAUGGCUGCAGCCCGGGCACCUGCUAAGUGCUGCCUGAGCAUCCUGAGCCAGUCCUCGGGGGACCCUUGUGACCUCCCCUCUUUACAGCGGCUCCCCCGGCUCCACAGGGCCGCACACGCCAGAGUCACCCCACUUUACACAGCAGGUACCCCCCCGGCUCCGCAGGGCCGCACACGCCAGAGUCACCCCACUUUACACAGGGGUACCCCCCCGGCUCCGCAGGGCCGCACACGCCAGAGUCACCCCACUUUACACAGCGGGUACCCCCCCGGCUCCACAGGGCCGCACACGCCAGAGUCACCCCACUUUACACAGCGGGUACCCCCCCGGCUCCGCAGGGCCGCACACGCCAGAGUCACCCCACUUUACACAGCGGGUACCCCCCCCGGCUCCGCAGGGCCGCACACGCCAGAGUCACCCCACUUUACACAGCGGGUACCCGCCCCAGCUCCGCAGGGCCACACACGCCAGAGUCACACCACUUUACGCAGUGGGUCCCCCCAGCUCCACAGGGCCGCACACACCCAGAGUCACCCCACUUUACACAACAGGUCGCCCCGGCUCCGCAGGGCUACACACGUCCAGAGUUGCUUGGCUCUGGGGCAGUUUGAGCCUGGCCUCUGGCCCAGGCCAGCUUGCACUGUUGUCAUGCCUGCUGCACACGCUGUCCUGAAGGCUGGAGGUGGCAACUGGUCAGCUGACCUUCCUGCCAUGGAGCUGGGAUGUCAGGAGACUGCAGAGAGGGGGUGACUGGGUCCCCACGGAUUCCAGAGCCUCUCAGGGUUCCACCCCUCUACUGCUCUGCGGCCCCAUCUGCUCAGGGAGAUGCCACAGGGAGCUGGGGGAGAGGCUGGGGUGUGGGGAGGGUCCGAGGGGCUGUGGCUCCCCAAGCCGUCACCCUGUAAUGCCAGGACCUGCAGGCCUGUGGACGCCCUGCUGGUUCACAGGGUGUGAUGGUCUGGGUUACGGGUCGGCUUGGCCAGGCUGUGGUCCCUGGGGGGUCAGAUGCCCACCUGGGUGUCGCCAUGGAGGUAUUUGGGGGACUGGGAGACGGGGUAGCCUCUACGAUCAGCUGACCCCGAGAAUGAGGGCCUCCACACGCGGUGGGCCUCGUCCAAUCAGGUGAGGGCCUCCAAACGGAGUUGGGAUUUUCCCCGAGGUGAAGAAAUUCUUCCUCAAACAGCAAGGUCAGCUCCUGCUGGAGGGUCCAGCCUGUACUAUGGGCUUGGGACUUGCAGAGCCACUUGUGGCCCCUGUGACCUCCCGGGGGCCGGAUUUGUGUUCUGGGCCGCUGUGAGCCACACCUUUUCCUGCCCACGGCCUGUCUAGGUCAGGUUUAUUCGAUGCAUCUGCCAUCUGAAGCUCAAGAUGCUUCUUGGUUUCUCGGCAGCGUGCACUCCCAGCUCCUUCUGUGGGUCAGCCCACGGCCGUCCUUCCUGGGGCGUCCUGUCCCCGCUGGCCGAGCUUCCCUCUGCCAGGUCCCUCCCUGGUCAGCACAGGACUGGGCGGCCCCAGCCUCAUUCCGAUGUUCACAGCCACAAGGCAGCCCCCCCAUCACUGUUCCGCACCCGCGUUCCAGCCCCUCUCUGGUGCUUUGCUGUCUCUCCAAGGAAACCAGAGGCGGGACUGGCGCCCGAGCCUCCCUCACGUACUCCUGGUCAGUGGCCUGAGGGCGUCGCUGUGCAGGGACACUGGCUCAAGCCCACCAUCCCAUUCAGGACCAGCAGGUGCCUGCAGGAAUCGCAGCGUCCCUGUUGGUGAAGCAACCACGAGAAGCGAUGGCACCUUCCGGCAAAAGCAUUCUCAUCGCCGAACGCGUGCUUUCCCUCGCCAUCCGGCGGCAUCCUGGCGGAGACACUCAGAAGGUGACACGGCAGCCCUGGGGCUCCCCGGAGCCUGUGCCGGGGGCGCCCUGACUCAGCCGGCGUGAGGCAUUUUCUACGGCACAGGUGUCACCUGUCACGCUGACCACCCCCCCCCCCCCGGGGAGUCACGCACGAUAUGCUGUGACGUGGCUGCGGACGCGGCCCUGUCCGUCAGACGAGCCUCCGCCUGGACGUCUAGCCCACUGGCCCCGCGGUGCGUGGUCCUCAGCCAGGCCAGCGCCGUCUGGCGGGACCGAAGCCUUGAUGUUGCCCUGACGUCAAGCAAAGCGCGGCUGCGUCUCCGCGCCUCCGUUGGCCACACAGCACAUUCUGGGUCUUAGAGCCUCAGCGUCCCGUCUGCGAAGGGGAGCUGGUCCCUCAGCCCCGGGGGGGCGGCAGGAAGCUGCAGCCUCCACCCCGAGCAGCUGUGUGUCAGGUGGACGAGGCCUGCAGGACCAGAGGGAGCCCC